AUGAAAAUGAAGAUAAUUAUAUAUGUUUGCAUUUGGGCAGCCGCAUGGGCCAUUCCGCUUCCUCAAAUCAUACCAUUGGAAAGACGCGUUGUUGAAAAAUCUGUGAAUGUACCUUUUCUAGCACGCUCAGGAACUCCAGCACAGAAUAAGUUGUAUGUCAAUAACACCGUUGAGGACAGUAGUGACCUCGCAAAUGGGAGUGAAAUAGGAAGACAGGUGUAUACCGAGGAUGGCUCUGAGUCAACAGAUGCAGGAGGGACAAAUUCUACACGGCCCGUUUUAGCAAAUGAACAGGGGAACACUGCAGAUGAAAACGAGGAUGUAGAAACUUACGGUCGUGAGGAGAUACAUGUGAAAGGCGAGAACAGCACAGCCAAGGACAUCAGCGGCCAAGGGAGCAUCACUGAAAACACGGGAGAAGCGAAGGAGAGUAACAUCAAUGGACAUGCUGGUCAGGACACAAAAACUGCGGGUGCUGAUGAUGCAAGCCAGGAUGGAGAUGCCACCCUUGUCCAGGGGAAUGGACCUCAAGUAGCUGGAAGCGAGGAUAGUACAAACCAUGAGGUUGGCAUACAUGGAGAUGGGGUUGGUACCCAUGAAACAACACCUCAGAGAGAAGAGGAGGGAAGUGGGAACAAGGGGGCUGAGAUAACGCCAAGCCCUGAGGAUGAUCCUGGUUUGGAGAAUACUGAUGGGAGUCCCAGUGGGAAUGGGGAAAAUGGGGAUGAGGACGUGGGCUCUGGUGAUGAUGAGGGUACAGAAACAGGAGAUGGAAAGGGCAGCCAUGAUGCCAGUCAGGGCCAGGAGGACCAGUCCCAUACGGGGAAACAGGACAACAGAGGUCAGAGUUCAGUUAGUAGUGAGGAUGAUAACUCUAAAGAGAAAGAAGGCUCCCCAAGUGGAUGUGAUGGAGACAACAAUUCUAGCAGUGAGGAGAACAGUGGUCCCAAAGAAGGCAAUGGCAGCCAGGCUGUGCAAGAAAGCCAGACGCUCAAUCACAAAGGCAGUGGAGAUCCAGACGGCGGAGUCACCUGCCAGUCAGAAGUGUGUCCUCUUGGGAAGAGCCAAGACCAGGGAGUAGAGACUGGAGGUCCAAGCACAGGCAACAAAAGUGAUGUCACCAAAGAAUCUGGGAAACACAGUGAAGAUCAAGGAAGCAAUGGGCACCAGGGGAUGGAGGGGGACAAAAGAAAUAGCCCGAGGCCAGGGAAGCCUGACCGGCCUCAAGGGCCUGCUGAGAAAUCAGAAGCCCAGAGCAAAAUGGGGCACAGCAAGAUAGGGAGCAGCAGCAACAGUGAUGUGCACGACAGCUAUGAUUUCGAUGACAAGUCCAUGCAAGGGGACGAUCCCAACAGCAGUGACGAGUCUAACGGAAGUGAUGACGCCGACUCAGAACGUGACAGUGAGAGUGGCGGCCGCGGGGACGCUUCCUACAGCUCUGAGGAGUCAAGAGACAACGGCAGUGACUCCAACGGGGAUGAUGAGGACAGGAGUGAUGGUACAUCCGAUGCCGAUGACAGUGACGGGGACAGUGAGAGUGAUGACAAGGACGAAUCAGAAAGCAGUGACCAUGAGAGCAAAUCAGGCAGUGACAGCAGUGACAGCAGUGACAGUGACAGCAGUGACAGUGACAGCAGUGAUAGCAGUGACAGUGACAGCAGUGACAGUGACAGCGACAGUGACAGCAGCGACAGUGACAGCAGUGACAGUGACAGCGACAGCAGUGACAGUGACAGCAGUGACAGCGACAGUGACAGCAGUGACAGUGACAGCAGUGACAGUGACAGCAGCGACAGUGACAGCAGCGACAGUGACAGCAGUGACAGCAGUGACAGUGAUAGCAGUGACAGUGACAGCAGUGACAGUGACAGCAGUGACAGCGACAGUGACAGCAGCGACAGUGACAGCAGUGAUAGCAGUGACAGUGACAGCAGUGACAGUGACAGCAGUGACAGCGACAGCAGCGACAGCAGUGACAGCAGUGACAGUGACAGUGACAGCAGUGACAGCAGCGACAGUGACAGCAGUGACAGUGACAGCAGUGACAGCAGCGACAGUGACAGCAGCGACAGUGACAGCAGUGACAGCAGUGACAGCAGCGACAGUGACAGCAGUGACAUCAGUGACAGUGACAGCAGUGACAGUGACAGCAGUGACAGUGACAGUAGUGACAGCAGUGACAGUGACAGCAGUGACAGCAGUGACAGCAGUGACAGUGAUAGCAGUGACAGUGAUAGCAGUGACAGUGACAGCAGUGACAGCGACAGUGACAGCAGUGACAGUGACAGCAGUGAUAGCAGUGACAGUGACAGCAGUGACAGCAGUGACAGUGAUAGCAGUGACAGUGACAGCAGUGACAGUGACAGCGACAGUGACAGCAGCGACAGUGACAGCAGUGAUAGCAGUGACAGUGACAGCAGUGACAGUGACAGCAAUGACAGCGACAGUAGUGACAGCAGUGACAGCAGCGAUAGUGACAGCAGUGACAGCAGUGACAGCAGUGACAGCAGUGACAGCAGUGACAGCAGCGAUAGUGACAGCAGUGACAGCAGUGACAGUGAUAGCAGUGACAGUGACAGCAGUGACAGUGACAGCAGUGAUAGCAGUGACAGCAGCGACAGUGACAGCAGUGAUAGCAGUGACAGCAGUGACAGUGACAGCAGUGACAGCAGUGACAGUGAUAGCAGUGACAGUGACAGCAGUGACAGUGACAGCAGUAAUAGCAGUGACAGCAAGUCUGGUAACGGCCACAACACAAGUGACAGUGACAGUGGCAGUGAAGGCAGUGACAGCAACCACUCGACCAGUGAUGACUAGAGCACAGCAGCCCCGAGACCCUGUGUGGGGGCGUUUGGUGAGUGACACAAAGGCAGGAGAGACUCCCGACGGGCUGAGACAGGAGCAGAUUAUGUGGGACCCACACAGCUCGCAGGGAAUCAGGUCAAACCUGGAUCGGGAACCAGGUCCCAACUCUCCCAGAGAAGAUCUGGGUGCACCAACAUGUCUGUUAAAAUAUACUCAU